AUGAUUCCUAGCAUCAAUACACUCGUCAACAGUCUCCCCCAAUAUGGGACUGCACCAAAAAUCGCUAAAAACGAUCAAGCGACAUGUUCGAUUAACAACAUACACACAAGGGAGUUGGAUGUGGACGCCAAGUCUAUUCAUUCACUGUCGGAACAGUCGUCUUCAUUAUCAUCACCACGCUCGUCUCCGAUAUCGAGCACAGAUUCGAUUAAUACCCACAAUUUAAAAACAUCUCACUCUCUUGACUUGAUCAUAAAAUCACUUAAAGAUCCACUCACAGAUGACAACAUCCGCAGACACUCAGAGCUUCUUUUAUCUGACUUUGAUGCCUCAUUAUCAGCGAAUGCAAUUACUAUGUUGGCAAACUAUAACAUCUCACCCACAGGUGACGAGCACGGACUGUACUUGGCGGUAGAUUUGGGUGGAUCCACACUUCGAGUUGCGGUUGUUGAUCUUGCACCACAAAGUGAAAGCAUUUCCAGGUCUGAUCGAAUAAAGGUUGUUCUUGAAGAAAAAUGGCUCAUAUCGAACGAGUACAAGGUAAUUAAUCGCAGCUUCUUCAAGUUUAUUGGGUCCAAAAUUACGGAAAUCAUUGACAAGCAAGAGACAUUGAACCCGUCUCAAACUAUCAAGGUUGGUAUCACCUGGUCUUUCCCGUUGGACACAACAAGUCACAACAAUGGUAAAAUAAGACACGUAUCAAAAGGAUACACAAUCGGAGAUGACGUGUAUGACAAAGAUUUGAAACACUUGUUUGAAUCCAUUUUACAAGAAGAGUUUGAUUUGCUGUUUGACAUCAAGUCCAUUUUGAACGAUUCCUUGGCAGUUUAUGCAGCAGGCGCGUUUUUGGAUGACAAAAUGAGAUUAGCCAUGGUUUUGGGGACAGGUUUCAACAUGUGCUGCUCUUUAGAUGCAAGUAAGGACUACAUGCAUGCAAGCAAGUUGAUUGACAGAAAGAUGCUCUUCAAUACUGAAUUGUCAUUAUUUGGACAACAUUUGUGUGAUGACUUUAGUACAAAGUAUGACGCAGUGAUUGAUAACCGCUUUGAUAACUUCAAGCACCAUUUCAAAACAUACUUGCAACCAGACCCGAAUUCCAACCUCAUUUUCCAACCACACGAGUUGAUGACUAGUGGACGGUACUUGCCUGAAUUGACUCGGUUGGUCCUAGCUGAUUUGAUUGGAAAGAAGGAGAUUUUCACAAAUUUUGAUAGUGAGGAGUUGAAUACAAUCGAGACAGUCAAGUAUGAUGGGUUUGAAGGUGAGCUUAUGUGUUUUAUCAGCGAAUGUGAUGACUUUGAGGCUGUGGGUGAGAAGAUGCGUGACGUGUACCACUGGGACAAAAUCGUUUUGGAUUCUGACAUUGCCAUCAUCAAACACGUCAUUAAAGCAAUUGUGCAGAGGGCAGCCUUUAUAGUAGCAAAUGCAAUCAUUGCAUUUUUCAAGCUUCUUAAAAAAUACAACAGGUCAGAGGAUUUGAAAGGACUAUUGACAAUUGGAUACGUUGGAUCGGUGUUGAACCAUUUCCAUAGUUACAGAAACUCGGUGAUUGAUUACGUCAACAUGAGUGAAGACGCCAGAACUUGUGGUUACAAAAUUGACUUGAAGUUGAUUGAAAAUAGUUCCAUAAUCGGUGCAGCAAUCGGCGCAGCCUAUUAUUCUAAAUAA